AUGCAAGGAUGCAAUGAAAUUGGAAUAGGAUCAGUUGGUGCUGUGCCAAGUUCACAAUACAAGGGAUGCAAUGAUAUUGUUGAGGAGAGUAGGAUCAGGUGGGGCUGUGCGGAGUUCAUUAUGAUUAAGGAGUGCAAAGAAUCGUCCCUUUUCCAAAGGAAACUUUCAAAUGUGUUUGGAAAAGAUUUGUUUUCUAUCGUCCAGUCCAUAACUGCUUUGGAAUGCCCUUCGAAGCUUGACAUUUGA